UCCUUUCAGGUGAGGAGCAAAAAUGAACUUGGUAACCCUUAAGCAGGUGACAGCGACAUUCGUGUUUCGGCAAGAGGACAACAUUUUCUUGAUUGCCCAAUUUCCAGUUAAACAGAUGCCACGGGCGGUUAAAGAUGUCACUCGCGUUUAUGUUCCCUUUAACCCUUUUUUUGUUUUGUUUAUAUUUUUUUCCUUUUCUUUUACUCUCUCUCAAGUUCAAACAAAGCAGCAGACGCCUGCAGUAUUAUCGGGAGGAGCUCCGACCCUGUGCUAAUGUGGAAGUGACUGCGCACAAACUUUUCUUUGUGGAUUUUUUUUUUUCUCGGUAGUGCUGCCCUCCGCUGCACCAAUGGGAAACUUGUAAAACUGGACGGGAGAGUCUAUUUAAGAUGAGUUCUGCCAGCCUCUGCCUCAAAGGAAGCGCCGUGCACACUCCGCAGACAGCCCCUUCUGCACCGCCGGGCUCCCAGCACGAAUUGCCGAAAAGCCGCCAUUCUGCAGCAAGACAUGAAAAGCGACACUUUGUCCCGUCUGCUCUUGUUUCUCUUCAGCUGCCAGCUGCUGUGCGCCACAACUGUCGAGGAGGUCGCGUCUGCCACCUCUGCCGGUUCUCCCACAACUGCAGAGGCAAAGCUUGCACUGCCAGAUAAUUCUAAAUCAAUUUUAACAAGAUUCUCCCUGCGACAGCCUUCAGAGCCCGAGGAAGAUGUCUGCUACAUCAUCCCAGGAAAUCCAGAUAGUCUUCACUCUUGUAAUUUUAACUUGACCUCCAAAACCUUCAUAGUGAUUCAUGGAUGGACGGUGAGUGGCAUGUUUGAAAGUUGGGUCCCAAAAUUGGUGGCCGCUCUCUAUGAAAGAGAAAGGGAUGCCAAUGUGAUUGUGGUGGACUGGCUGAACAGAGCCCACCAGCAUUACUCCGUUGCGGCUGAAAACACCAAGCUGGUGGGGUGUGACAUUGCCUGGCUUAUUGACUGGAUGGAGGAAACGGCAAACAUCCCUCUUCAGAAUGUUCAUCUGAUCGGGUACAGCCUGGGCGCACAUGUAGCUGGGUUUGCAGGAAGUCACACCACCAAUAAAGUGGGAAGAAUAACUGGUCUUGACCCAGCCGGGCCCGUGUUCGAGGGGGCACAUGCACACGGCCGCCUGUCUCCAGAUGACGCCCACUUUGUGGAUGUGCUGCACACCUUCACCCGGGGGUAUCUGGGGCUGAGCAUUGGCAUCCAACAGCCCGUGGGCCAUGUGGACAUUUAUCCAAAUGGUGGGAGCUUCCAACCAGGCUGCAACCUGAGAGGGGCACUGGAGAGCAUUUCAACUUAUGGGAUGUUUGGUUUCUCCGAGGCAGUAAAGUGCGAACACGAACGCUCCAUUCAUCUCUUCAUCGACUCCUUACUGCACGAGCAGGAGCCCAGCCUGGCGUACCGCUGCAGCAGCAAGGAGCUGUUCGAUCAUGGCUUCUGCCUCAGCUGCCGCAAGCACCGCUGCAACACUGUGGGUUACGACGUCCAGCCUGUUCGCAACCGUCGGAGCACCAAGAUGUUCACCAGGACCCGGGCAAUAAUGCCCUUCCGAGUUUACCACUACCAGCUGAAGAUCCAGUUCUCCAACACAUCAGACCAUGCAGAAGUGGACCCCACGCUGACCGUCUCCCUCUAUGGCACCAAAGGAGAUGCGGAAAACCUGAAAUUGAACAUCAAAGAAAAGAUCAACCCCAACAAGACGCACUCCUUCCUCCUGGUCACAGAAGUGGACCUUGGUGAGCUGCUCAUGAUCCAGUUUCGGUGGGAGGAGUCUGCCAGCUGGUCCAGUCUGUCACUGCUCAAGAUGUUCUCCACGUGGUGGUCAGGAGAGAAGGUGCCAGACAGCAGUGUACCCAUCCACAGAAUCCGCGUCAAGUCUGGAGAAGCUCAGACGAGGAUGGUGUUCUGCUCCAAAGACUCACCUGAAUUUAUGUUAGACCAAGCACUCACCUUUGUCAGGUGCCAAGAAGGAUGGAAGAGACAACCAAACAGACCUGCAACCAAAACACACUGAGCGUCAACUGUGAGCUGCUAUCGAGGAGUGUUUUCAUGUGAAUUGUCCUGUAAAUAUCUGGAAAAAUAUGUUCAUAUUUGUUUGUGUAAAUAUACUGUAGUAAAGAAAGAAUAUUUGCACCAAGUAGCAGUGGUCCAGUGGGCAUGAAAAGUGGGGUACAAACUGGAGACCAAUCAGCAAAUGUCCUUUCAAGUGGAGUCAGAAAUGCCAGAUUGACAUUGAAUGAAGUGUGGGAGUUGGUAGAGAAUCGCUGUACCAGCAUCAUUUCUCAAUUAGUAUCUAGUAUUUUUCUGUGAAAUUUCCUUUUAUAAUCUCCCUGUUGAUAGUAGACUGAUGGUGUUCCGAAUUCUUUAAUUCUAAAGUAGUUUUGGAAGCUCUGACAAGAAGUUUAAACCCCUGUAGGGAGAUCAGUUAUGGAAUUUGUUAUUGAGUUUAAAACUCUGACUGUAGAUUCAAGGCGGAAUUUUCUUUAUUUCAAUCUUAGGACCUCAAGAUCCUGGGAAUGUAAUAUUUCAUUUUAUUUUUUGUUGAAUAAUUUUAAUAGGCAAUUUCUGUGCCGAUAUCGUACUGCCAUAUUGUUUCUAGAGACGACACAGGCUGUUGGCCGCGUGGUACCUGAAAUCGCCAAGCAAAACAUAAUGACAUCCACAAGAAAGCGUCUCAUCUUUGACUAUACACCAUUUCCAUCUGUUACCCAUGAAUGUGCUCGUAUUUGGCACUACAGCCCCGAAGACGUUUUACAAGAACUCGUAGGUGGCGUCCGUCUAUAGAGCAGUCAUAUUUAGACAUCAGCAUGUUAAGCAAUUGUGCCAGUUUGUCUGCUGCCACAGUUAUAUGGCAUUCGGUGCCAAAUUCUCAACAGCAGUUCUAAUGUUUAUGAUGCUUCAUCUAUUGAAAUGAGAGAUGAAAUGCAUUUUAUUAUAAUUAAUAAUAAUAAAUUACAUUUGUGCAGUGAUUUUCUCACUGCUCAAGGAGCUGUACAUAGAGAGUUGGGAGCCACUUCAAUCGUCACCAAUGUGUAGCACCCAUCUGGAUGAUGCGAUUGCAGCCAUUUUUGCGCCAGCGCACACGCUCAACACACAUUAGCUAUUAAGCGGUGAAAGGAUGACAGAGAUAGUUAGCCAAUUAAAAACACGGAGUGAUUAGGGGGCCAGAAUGAAUGAGGCAUGAUGGGCAAUUUAGCCAGGACAUUGGGGUAUACUCUACUCUUUUUAAAAGAUGCCUAGGGAUCUUUAUAUGGCCGCAGAGAAUCAGGACCUCCGUUUUACGUCUCGCCCAAAGUUACAGCACUCUAUUUACAGCACUUUGUCCAUGUCACACCACUGGCGCAUUGGGAUCCACACACAGACCACACGAUCUCACCAACACCUCUUCCAGUAGCCACCCAAGCUUUUUCAUAGAUGAUCUCCCAUCUGUGUACGGGCUGGGGCUGAAUAUGCUUAGCUUCAGGUGGACAACCCGUUCUGAAGUGCAGGUUGGAUGCUGUAUGCAUUGCAAAGCACAUUCCAACAGGUGGCUCAUUGCAAAUGUUAACACUGAGUGCUUUCAACAGUAGAUGUGCUGGACGGACAGAAGUUGGCCAACUAUAUAUAUAUAUAUAUAUAUAUAUAUAUAUAUAUAUAUAUAUAUAUAUAUAUA